UUCCAGUCGCCCAGCCAAGCUUUGAUCGCCGUUUUCUAGAAGUCGGCAGCCGACGCUGGCGUGCUUCCGUCAGUCUGAGCGCAUUUUCCAUCGACACACUCCUUGAAUCUCCCAAACACCAAUUUCACGCCCCCCGUGCCUGGUACAUUGCACUUCUCCUGUCAAUCCCACUACUCGCCAUUCUUUAGUAUUCCCGCCAUGUACGUCAGUCGAACAGCCUCGCGGGCAGCGCCGGCAGUAUGGAGGGCUGGCAUACGAACCGCUGUGCGGCCCCAUCGAUCCAUGGCCAGGAACAUGCCCGCCAUUGCCGUGCUCAUCCCGCUGCGAUACCUGCAAACCGAGGCCACGUCCAGCUCAACGCAAACAUUCCCGCCUCCAGGCUUCGAUCCCAAGCAAGCCAGCAAACCGCUCCCUAAGCAAGAACAGAAGACCGCGACGCCCGCCGAGCAGGAACUCAUGAUCCCCAAGAACGCCCCGACCUCCAGCCCCAAGACGGACGCCCAGAACACACAAACCCUGGUCGAGCUAUCCCAGGAGAAGGCAAUGACGGGGUCCAAGGAGGAAAAGAAGGCGCUGGCCAGAAAGGAAGAGCUUAAGAUCAAGUUGACUCUGUGGCAGAAAGUCAAGCAUGAGGCUCUCCACUACUGGGAUGGUACAAAGUUGCUUGUGACGGAGGUCAGGAUCAGUUCGAAGCUGGCUUUGAAAAUGGCUGCGGGAUACGAGCUUACUCGACGAGAGCGCAGACAGUUGUCACGAACAGUACAGGAUCUCGGACGCCUGAUUCCUUUCCUCCCGUUCGUCAUUGUUCCCUUCGCGGAAUUGCUGCUUCCGGUAGCCCUCAAGCUCUUCCCCAACAUGCUUCCCAGCACAUUCGAGGGUCAGUCCUCCAAGGACAAGAAGGCCACAACUCUCCGGUCCACCCGGAAAGAAGUCAGCAACUUUCUUCGCCAAACUUUACAAGAGACUGGAUUGCCAGUGUCUGCUGCGAAUGCGCAAAAGGAGGAGUUCUCUGCUUUCUUCCGAAAGGUGCGAAUGACUGGCGAAAAGCCCUCUGCAGAGGACAUUGUCAAGGUGUGCAAGAGCUUCAAGGACGACAUCACACUGGACAACCUUUCCCGACCGCAGCUCGUCUCCAUCUGCCGAUACAUGAACAUCACCUCAUUCGGUACUGACAACCUCCUGCGCUACCAAGUUCGUGUUCGUAUGCGCCAGAUCAAGCGUGACGACAGAUCUAUCGCUUACGAGGGUGUUGAAUCUCUCUCCGUUCCAGAACUUCAGACUGCUUGUGCAAGCCGCGGUCUCCGAACAUACGGUGUUUCCCCAGGCCGCCUACGUGACGACCUCCAAACCUGGUUGGAUCUCCGUCUCAAGCACGGCGUCCCAUCUACACUAUUGGUCCUUGCCAACGCUUUCGUGUACGCCCAGGGCAAGGAGGCAGAAAUGACUUCCCAGCUCGAGGCCCUAGAAGCCGUUCUAUCAAGCAUCCCCGAGGAGCUGUACCACGAGAUCGAGCUCGAGGUGCACAGCGCCGAGGGCGCGGCGACGAACAAGCAGCGUCUCGAGGUUCUCAAGGAGCAGCAAGAACUCAUCGAGGAGGAGAACCAGCAGACCAAGUCUGUUGAUAACAAGAGCUCUGCUUCGCCCAAUGACCACGAGGAUAUCGAUGAGGAUGACAAGCCGAAGAACAAGGCUGCUCUGGAGGCCAAGGCGGCCGAAGAGAGCACAGAGAAGGAGGCUAGCACUGGUGAUAUGACGGGUGGAAGUGCUGAACGAGCGGAGCAGGAUGACCGCGCCAGGAAGGGCGAGGAGCCGCAAGGCAAGGAGGAGAAGAAGCAGUAGAGAGUGGUCAGAUUACAGUUCUUGCCUCUUGUUUGAAUAGAUUUGAACUUCAUGUUUGAGUGUUCCGGUUUUGGGUUGCAUAGAAAUACCCUUUCAUCUUUGAGGAUGAGAUCAAUAGACUGUACUUUUAGAGAAUUUCGCAGUUGCAGAUUACAUGUCAUGUUAUUUCAUUUCAUUCCAAGGGUAUCAUAAGUCAUUGUACGAAUGGAUACUCGUACC